CACAGCAAAACAGAGCCGACGACACAGCCGUCUGCACGGUGAUAUUCCGCGGGUGUCUGGCGCUGGUGCCCGGUGUGCGGAGCGGAGUCUGGGAGGCGCAUCCGUCCGACCGUCCGUGGGAAUGGCGGACGGGGAGGCCGCCGUGUGUGUGGAGUGGGACAGCGGUGAUGGGAGUUUGACAGAAUAACAUCCCACCUCUGCAUCUCCAUUUCCCCUUGUUUAGCUCCAGCUCUGGCCAUGGAUCCUGACAAAGAGUUGACAUUCUGCCACGGGUUGAAGGCUGAGGAGAUGACCAUGUCCCUGCAGGGGCUGGACGGCACUGAAGCUGCUACGGUGGCCGUUUCUCAGAAGGAGGCUGACGGGAUCGCAAUUAAUAAGGUGGUGAAGCAGCACGCGGGCUCAGGUAGCCAGCCUGUAUUCAGCCCCAAGUACUGUCCUGGAGUAAACAACAAUCCCGGUUACUUGUGUGAAACAGGACACUGCUGCGGAGAGACAGGCUGCUGUACCUACUAUUAUGAACUCUGGUGGUUCUGGCUUCUGUGGACGGUGCUGAUCCUCUUCAGCUGUUUCUGUGCUUACCGCCACCGCCGGGCCAAACUGAGAAUCCAACAGCAGCAGAGACAGAGAGAGAUCAAUCUGAUCGCCUAUAAUGGAGCCUGCAACUACCCUUCCUCAAUGCUGGAUCUCAGUUUUCUGGCUUCCUUCAAGUUGCCCUCCUACGAGGAGGUGGCUGCACAGCCCAGCACACCUCCUCCGCCUUACAGCUCUGUCUUUGCCCUGCAGGGAGGUGCCAUUGGGGGUCCUAGCUCCUUUUUCCCCCAUCAUCACCACCACCGUCACCCCUGUCCGCCCUACCUGGGCCCCAGCCCCAGUGGCCUGACUUCCUCCCAGAGCUCUGACAACUACACCAGCUGCUCCUGCGAGUCGUGCUCCCUCACCUCCCCCUCGAGCACCUCCUUCUCUGUCCAGGUAACAGAUGAGAUGUACGACAGCAGCCGCAUCUCCACACCCAGUGAAGCAGGGGGCGACUGUGCAGUCAUACCAAGGGUUGGGGCCACCUUCACACCAACGCCCUCCCCGCCACCUCAAUCACAGCUUCCACCUGAUGUUAUACCCGUGGCUGCUCCAGAUGUCAUACCUGUGCAGAGACGUUCCUCUAAUGGCAGCGAAGGAGUCUCACCUCCGCCUCCAACACUUUCUCUUCCUUUACACUCCCUUCCUUCACACCCUUCUCGCCUCCCACUUUCUCCCCUUAUCCUGUUAUCUUCCCUCCCACCUGGUCAAGUCCGUCCUUUUGUCCUCUCAAAUCCGCUUGGAGCCAUGGCUGUUCAGAAAGAGAAAGAAGAAGAGGCCUCACCUCAUGGUCCAACACUCAGGCCCACACCGUGUCCCCCUAAACAGGCACUCUUCUCCUCAAAUGUGGCUGUUUUCACACAUUGCAACAGCAAAGAAGAGCAGAAACGAGAAAAAGAAGAGGAGGAAGAGGAAGAUGACGAGGAGGAUCACUUCAGGCAUCGGCGACUUACCGGUGACUCGGGCAUUGAGGUAUGUCGCUGCCACGUGAAGAGAGAGGAACAAGAGGACGAGGAACUGCAGAAGGGGCAUUUUGUUAAAGGAGGGAAAGAGGCUGUGAAGCGCCAGGAGAAGGCAGACGUGCUGCGUGACAGCGUGGACUGUUCCCUCCGAGCGAAGGCCAGCGGGCAGCCACCACUCCUGGAUGCCUGCGCUGAGCAGCAUGGCCACGUCUCCUCGUCCUCCAGUGUCAUCCAGUAGACAGGCGAGGCCAUCAUCACUGUGGAGUCCUCGUGGGCUGACAGCCAGUGAGCUGUAGUCAAACAAGUGGGGAAAAAAGUAAGAUGUUUAUGCUGUAUGGCAUCCUUACAGAUCAAGACUAGUAGGUGAAAAGUUGAAUCACUUAAGAAAAGUCUUGCAGGUCUUUCUGGUUGCAGGCCAAGGGACAGGAUGAGAAAGAAAUCCAUGUGUUUUCUCUGUGUUCUAGUUCAAAUGAGAACCCUACAGCUGAAAGUCAUGUUUUGUAGUUAGUUUAAUUUGGUUUGUGGAGUCGGCAUAUCUUGUUCUCUAAAGUGAUUAAAAUACCAAUGAAUUGUUCUUUCUCUUUCUCCUUCAUCUUCCCACAUACUAACCAAAUGCAUUUUUACAAGUGGCUGAGUGUCAACAUACCAACAUCCCUCUACUGUUUACUUGCUAUCCCUCUUUUCUCUGCAAGACGCAACAUUGCUAAAAUAGCAUUUUUGCUCUUUGCAAUGAAAUCCCUCAUAGUCAGUGGUUCCCAACCACGGGGUCAGGACCCCUCAAAGGGGUCUAAAGAUAAAUCAGAAGGGUCAAAAGAGGAUUAACAGUGUAAAAAAAAGAAAACAUAGUUCUGCUGCACAGAAUUACAUGUUAAUUUUCUGAUGUUUCUCUAAUCUUUGCUUUUUUUAUGUGAAAUAAUGGAUAGUUUCACAAUUAAAGAUCAUUCAAAUUAAAGAAUCUGAGAAGCCAAAAUCAAUCUUUGGUGGAACUGCUCACAACUUAUUACAUAUGCAAUGUAUGAUGGAUAUCAACAAAAUAUUCUUUCAAUUUAAGGGGUAAUACGGCAAAAAGGUUUGGAACCACUGCCUUAUAUAGUAUAGCAGUUUGAUCAGCAUUUGCAAUCACAUUUUCUUAAAUGGGGCAAAAAAAAAAAUUCUAGGAGUAUAUGAAUGAAAAUCAUGGAACAGUUUGUUUGCAAAAGAGGAGCUCGAAAACAAUCGUCAUAUAGUCCAGAUUUACUGGCUUCCAACUUUUGAAGAACUCAAGAGUUCAGAGAUGUUGAUCAAUGAAAUAUUCAGAAAGUUUCUAUCUUGUUGUAGGGCGAAUUUUUGCUUUCACCAGCCGACUCCCCUCUGUUUAUCAGAAGAAAUAAUGACAGAAGGCAACUAACAUGACUCAUUCAAGGGGUGUGUGUUUUAUACAUUAUUUCUUAUGUGGUUUCUGCAAUGAAAAGGGGAGCAAACAUUAAUUGAAAUGUGUGGCUGGCAAAGCUUUACAAUGGUACUAUGAUUAUACAUUGUUGUUUCAGACUGUUACAUGAAUAUACUGUAUAAUUAGCUGACUUUUUGACUUUGGAUGUAAUGUGCUUGAACAUGUUCCCGGUUGGUCAUUGCCAUUUUUGCAAGGCAAUGCAAAUCUGAUUCCUCCAUGGAUGGACUGUUGAGUUUUUACAAGGCAGAAACUUUAAGCCUAAUC